AAGUUUUGCCGUCCUUACUACUAAAACGCUUUGGAACUCGUAGUAGUUCGCGUGGUUAACGCCGCGUAUCGUCAAAGUAAAACUGAUCAUCAAGUUUAGUCAAUUCUUUGAGAUUGUGGGACUCCUAACAUUCGAUAUUAUUCCUAAAUUUUCACGAAUUGAGUGAGGUUUCUUUGAAAUCAUGCCUAUCCGAGAGAGGGAUGAUGAGCGAGAUCGAGACACUGAGAGAGACCGUGACAGAGACAGAGAUCGUGAUAGGGAUAGAAGGAGAAGGUCUCGAUCCCGCGACCGUGGGGAGCGUGGCGAGAGGAGGAGUCGCAGGUCUCGUUCUCGGUCACCAUCGCACAGACGUCACCGCAACUCCCCUGUCAACACGGCCGGUCCUAGCGGCAGGCAUGAAGAACCUCCCAUGUCAGCGAUGACGGAAGAAGAGCGGCAGAUGAAGGAACUCAUGGGCUUUGGUUCUUUCCACUCCACUAAAGGGAAAAAAGUGGAGGGUAACAACGUGGGGGCCGUCCACGUCAUCAUGAAGCGAAAGUACCGCCAAUAUAUGAACAGGAAAGGAGGCUUUAACAGGCCUCUAGAUUUUGUCGCAUAAUUACACCUCUCACAGUGACCUCCUGUGAUGCACUAACUCAGUUUUCCUAUUUUAUCAAAAAACAAGCCUAAUGCAUGCACCUAUGUUUGCUUCAAUCAUUGAUAAAUUCGAGAUUAUCCACUACCAUCUUUUUUUUAUGCCAUUUUUUGUUGAUAAGUUCCCAAUAUAACGUAAAAUUUGCGGUACGCAAAAUACCCAGGUACGUACCUAGCUUGUACCUCGUACAAAUAGCCUUAUAGCUUAUAGCUUGUGAGCAUAAAAGCCUCCACAUGCUGGCACUGGUUAAGGUAUCCAUUCUGAAAAAUAUUGUGCGGGAAAUCGCUUCAUGUACUAGUGCCAACUUGUGAUACAAUUGCCAUAAUUUGCCUGCGAGCACUGGCUUGUUUCUUGCGGGGUGACAGACGCUGCAACUCUUGCUACAAGUUGAUAGAAUUACUGCCUGGGAAAAUACGUACCAUUAUACCUCCCGCUUACCCAUACAAGAUAUAAAUUAGGAGCAUAUUUACACAGCAAGCGUCACGAUUAUUUUCUACUUCACACUUACGAAGAAACUUGUUAGACUUACAUUUUAGUUGCAUAAAAAACGUGAAUGAGUUUGAAAACCUGGCAAGUUGAUACCAAGAAAUUCAAGAUUACUUUGUAUAUAAUGUGCGUGCUUUGUAUAUAAUGUGAAAUUUGUUUACCGUUGUAGAAUAUUAGCAGGUGAAGUAAGCACGGCCUGGACAAUCCCUUACGAAUUUUUCAGCAGUGAAAUUAUUCUGGCUUUAACAGCGUAAUUUUGAGUAUGUCUUGUUUGAAUCAUUCCCAGUGCCAACGGUCACACUUGAAUUAAUUUGCUUCUCUUUUUUCUGCACUGAUUUAUUCAACCUGUUCCAAGUUUUAUUGACACUAGGGAAAUUAAUGAGGUCAUUGUAAUUGGUGAGGCUAAUCAUUCUUUCUAUUAACUUUAGUUGAACUUAGAGUUGUCUCGAGGUAAUGGUGACAGGAAGGAGGAGUAUUAUGUAAGUUUAGAAUUAAUCUACUGACUGAACUAGUGAAUAUGCCUUUUGUAAUCUGAUCUUUACUUUCAUUUUGAAUCUAAAAGGUUGUUAACCUUUCCCAAGCUGCUUAAAUUUGCGCUUGGAAUUUUAUUGAUGAUGAUUUUCUGAAAUAAAUACUUUCAGUCUGA